AUGCUGACUUUGUUGAGGAACGUUGGCAAACUUGGCGAAGUGUUUCUCUCUCUAUCGUACGACGUCGGAACAGAAUGCGUUACGGUUCAAAUAUUUGCGGCUCGCGACGUAGCCCAAGCUUCAGUCGCGGCGAGGUACUACUUGAGGAUAUUGAUAGUGGUUGGCACUCGGAUCGUCAAGGUGAAGAGCAGCUCGAUUUCGAGCACUGUUUACGGCGUGUUCAACUACUGUCGUUCAUUCCGUAUUCCAUUCCAAAUGCUGAACAGCUGCUGUCUGAAGUUCGAGAUCGUCGGCAUUCGGCAGGACGACAGCGAAGAGGUCUGGGGACGCGUCAUCGUCGGAUCGUGCCGGUACACGGUUGGCAAGGGCGUCGAGCAUUGGAUGCAGAUGUCCGCCAGCGAAGGCAGAACCGUUGAAAUGUGGCACGACAUACUAUAUUUUUUGCCGAACAGGAUCCCAGAUCGUCAGAUGCGGCAUCCUCGUAGGUUCGAUUGACAAAACCAAACAAAAGAUGGACAAUGGAAAGGUCAGAACGACGUCAAAAAUAAAAUCGACGUCAUCCUCCGUGAUGACAUGAAGCGCGUAGUGCAGGACAUGGUGCUGAACAUGCUUAAUUCAGGUAUCGGUCCAACGCAGAUGCAAAGUACGCCUGGACUGAGCUUUGGAAAGGAGGAAACUGAUGAGGACCAGCCGUAA